CAAAAAUACCCUGUAAACAUUGAUGAUUAAGAUGGAAGAGAGUUGAAAACCAGUUUUUUGACACUUUUCCCACUCUUUCAGUUUCACUCCUUGCCUUGAAACUUUUCUGCCUUUUAUUCAUUUAGGUUAUUCAUUGAACCAAUCCUGUAAGAUUUUUAUUUUACUUUGUUCAUGCUUGAAAAUGAUAUUGUUAAUGAUAUUCACUUAAAGCUAGAGCGUAAAGAAGCCUCGGGAAUAGCAGUUGCUUUACUUAUUCAUUGUCAAGACUGGUUAACUAACAUAUUGAUAUUGAUUUAGUCUCAUUUCCAACUGUGAUCUCAACUUUAUUACCUUAAUUCACUCUUCAGUUUAUCUUCUGAUUAUCCCUCGAUUCAUGUUGAAACCAUUUUUCGAUUUACUUUGGUUGAAGAAGGAAAAAAAUCGGAAAAGAUGUUUGCCUUAAAUGAAUGUAAACGUUUAUUAUUACCAUCAUCAUUGAAUGAUAUUCAAUUUUUCGUUAACUGUCACCAUUUAUUAAUCAAAAUUUCCUUCUCUCAUUGUCAUCAUAUUUGCUGACAAUUUGAAUGUUGACCUUUUACUAUUGUUUGUGAAGGUUUCCUGGGCUUGAAGCCCAUUUACAUUAUUAAAUUUGUUUAAGUGAUUUGUAUCUGUGAUCAAUCAAUGGAGGAAGAGGAAAUUGUUGCUGUGAAAGUUCGUAAGCUUCAAGUCUCUUAUGGACCUAAAAUUGCUCGCAAUGUUGUUCUCAACGAUGUUAAUAUAACAAUACCAAUGGGCAGGAUAUAUGGACUUCUUGGACCGAGUGGAUGUGGUAAAACAACUUUACUUAAGUGUAUCAUGGGAUGUCGACUUCCAGAUCAAGGUGACAUCUCAAUCUUUGGUUGUAAUGUAAAUUCACCUGAAAGUGGAGUUCCUGGUGUUGGGGUUGGAUUUAUGCCUCAAGAUAUUGCUCUUCACGAUGACCUGACUGUUGAAGAGAUGCUCAUCUAUUUUGGUAACCUUUACCUUAUGCCACCAAAAAUACUUUGCCAGCAAAUUAACCUUUUACUUAAACUAUUUGAUAUUCCUGAUCGACAUCAGUACAUUGGAACACUUUCUGGUGGCCAGAAACGGCGAGUUUCCCUAAUGUCUGCUUUAAUUCAUAGACCAAGAUUGUUGAUAUUAGAUGAGCCAACAGUUGGAGUUGAUCCAGCACUAAGAGAAAGGAUUUGGAAGUUUCUAGUCCAGCUUACGGUUGAGGAAAAGAUAACAGUGAUUAUUACUACUCAUUAUAUUGAAGAAUGCCGAAGAGCUGAUUUAGUAGGAUUCAUGGAUAAAGGAAAUGUUCUGGUGGAAGGACCUCCAAAGGAUUUAAUGGAAAAAUACUCUUGUAAAUCAUUAGAAGAAGUUUUGUUUCGCAUUUGUGUCAGCAAAAGAUUGAAAAAAUCUAAACGUAGUAAAAACCAAGUUUGUGACAAAAGUGACAUAAGUGAUGAUGACGACGACUAUCUAAAUUUUCCGAAAGAAACGAUCUCAAAUUAUCCAAUGUCUAUUGACAGUGUUAAAAUGGUGCGAUUGGACAAUCAAAAUACUCAUAACACCAGUGAAAUAAAGGAACAUAACCAGUCCAAUGGAAACGGCGAAUCAACCUCUUCAAAAGACAUUCACAUUGAAAGUAGUUGCAAUGAACAGUUUGAUGAGACAAUUUCCUGUGAAGUGUUGCCAUCCGACGGGAAUAACAAUUCAAAUGAUAAGGCCAACAGUCAAGUAAAUGUACCUAAACUGGCUCUCUUCUCACAAUGUAGAUCUUCAGCGUCUUCAAAUUCAUCGGAUAGCUCAUCAACCUCAUCAUUAAACUCACCUCUAUCCUCUUCACCUGCACCAAUGGCAGAUGAGGUCGAUGAUUGGACAAUGCGCUUUCGCUGUUUAGUCUGGCGUCAGUUGAUUCAAAAUGUACGCAGACCCGAGCCAACAAUGGGUCGUAUAAUUGUUCCUCUGCUUGUUGUGAUAACCUAUUGUGCUUGUAUCGGUGGGACACCUGAAGGUCUUAAAAUGGGUAUAAUAAACCGUGAAAACUGUUCCGCUUUGGCACCAGGAGAGCCUUGUUUGAGUCUAAGAUUGUUGCAACAAUUUAAUUCCUUUGUGUUCAACAAAAUUCCCUAUGAAAGUGUAACUAAAGCCAGGGAAGAUGUUAAAUCUCGGAAUCUUUGGGGCUACAUGGUCAUCAGGUCCAACUUUUCCUCGUCAAUCAUUUUAAAGACGCGAUUUGCUGAAAAGGAGUUUGACAAGGUAGCAAAUGAUUCCAUCGUUAAAAUUCAUGGAGACAUUACUGGUAAAAUAUUAAUGAUUACUGUUGAAGUAACCAUCGAUGAAAUUUAUCAGGAUUUCAUUUUUGCUGCCCUUCGUGAUAAAGGUUUAAACCCAUUUGUAGGCCAAUUGCCCAUCAAGUUGCAGAAAACCAUUUUCGGAGAGAAACAAAAAGUCGAUUAUCUUGGUGUUAGAGGAUUUGGUGGACCAGGAUUGAUUGUCAUCAUUACAUAUUCAAUUUCUUGUGCCAUCAUGGUUCUGGUAAUAAUCACGGAUAAAACAGAUGGAAUGUUUGAACGCAAUUAUGCAGCUGGUGUUUCAAUUGGUCAGAUAAUAAUCUCUCAUGUAACAACUCAGUUUCUUUUCUCGUCAAUCUCAACUUGUAUCAUCUUCUUCCUAUCCAUUUAUCUGCUCGAGAUUCCCUGUAAAGGUUCGCCUCUCGAAGCUUUGGGUUUGUUGCUUCUCCAAUGUUUAGCAGGAAUAGGGACAGGACUGUUGGUUGCUUCAGCAUUACCGACUUUAUCAGCGUGUGCAGUUGUUUGUAACGCCAUUUUACUUGGAUCUUUCACUCUCUCAGGAGUCUUAUGGACUAAUACAACUCUUCCGUAUUAUGCGAAAUGGGCAACCAUGUAUUUACCGGCGACUCUACCUGCUGAGGGACUCCGAACCAUUAUGACUAGAGGGUUACCAGCAUCGACUCCAGUUGCGUAUCAAGGAUAUUUGAUAACUUUAGCAUGGAUUGUUGGACUUCAUCUUGCAAGUUAUAAAGUAUUAGCCUUUGUUAAAAGAUGAUCAAAGGAUUCAAAUGAAAUUAUCAAUAGAUUUUGAUUAUUUACAAAUGUUUAUAUGUUUUAAAUUACGAUUGUAAAUUGUGAAAGUUAUUUUAUUAAACCAAUGUUUCCAAGCUUUUUGCUGGAUUCAAAUAUUGAAGCUGCCACUUGUAUUGAAUUAAUCAUAGAAACCUCAUUGAGCUCACAACUCUGAACUCUCCGUGGAUUGAUAUCCAAUAAAUUAACACAUUUAGACUUGAUUAUAAAAGGAAAAUUAACAUAAAUUAAUGUUUCGGAGGCAUAAAGCUGCUAAUAGUUUUCGGAAUGGCAACCAAGAAAAGUUAGGUUGCCAGAAGAUAUUAAUAUUUAAGAAUUGUUAAAGCCCAGUUUUGACAAUGACAUAGUUAAGUGAUGAAAAUUUAAGGAUAUUACAGAACAGGAAACAAAUUAAUUAUUUUGAUGUGUUGAAUCAAAC